GGGUAUGGAAUUUUACAGUUCAAAAACAUGGUCCGUCGCUUGAUUGAAAUAACCGAAUACUCAAUCAGUAAAGGAGUUCGAGUGAUGAUCGAUGCAGAACAGACCUAUUUCCAACCAGCCAUCUCAAGGAUUACAAUAGAAAUGAUGAGAAGGUACAAUAAAGAGCGUGGAAAUGUUUUCAAUACCUAUCAGGCUUAUCUUCGAAAUGCUUUGGAUUGUAUGGAAUGUGAUAUGCAGCAAGCCAGUAGAGAAGGAUGGCAUUUCGGUUUCAAGCUAGUCAGGGGAGCUUAUAUGGAGCAGGAACGGAAGCGAGCUUCCACCAUUGGUUAUCCCGAUCCAAUAAAUCCAAAUUUUGAAGCCACUACCGAGAUGUAUCACGCGUGUCUGAAACGACUUGCUGAGGAGCAUGUACGUCGUGGAAAAGGCAGUGUUUCGGUGAUGAUCGCAAGCCAUAAUGAAGACAGUACGAGAUUUGCCGUUAAUCUGAUGAAGGAUUACGGAAUCGCUCCCAGCGAAAAGAUCAUGUGCUUUGCUCAACUCUAUGGAAUGUGUGAUCAGAUCUCAUUUUCACUUGGUCAAGCAGGAUAUUCGGUUUACAAGUACUUGCCGUAUGGUCCUGUUGAUAAAGUGCUACCUUACCUUACUCGAAGAGCAACUGAGAAUAGUAGCAUACUGAAGAAGGCAAAUAAGGAAAAGGUAAGCUUUUCAGAUAAGAGCUGGUUAUGGGGCACCAUUAUGGAAAAGUCUGAAAACUAG